ACAGCAUCAUGGCGUCUUGUAACCGCUGAUUGUGAUAAUUGUAAUCAAUUGUAAUAGUGAUUAAUUUUUGCUUAAGACUUGAUAAUCCUUACAGUGUAAUUACCGAUAAAUAAUUAAUUUCAAGUUAAAUACAACAACUGUAAAUAAAAUAUAUAUUUUUUUUUCAAUAAUAACAUUUCAUAAAAAAAAACUUGGUUAAGAAUUAUUUGACCUCAUAAAUUGCCUUCGUCAUCGAGACUUCGAGAGCCGGACAUUCCUCUGAGGCAUCAGAACAGCAGCCGGAUAUUUUUUUUUUUUUUCCUAUUCAGUUGACACAUAUUAUCAAAGUUAUUAAAAAAAAAAAAAAUAACAACAAUAUUUAUUUAAAUAUAAAUAAAGAAUAGUUGGACAUUGAUUCUUUUAAAAAUUUUGGAUUAUUGUACAAAAUGGCAGCAACAAGACGUUUGCAAAAGGAACUUGGUGAUCUUCGUGCAUCUGCUAUGAAACAUUUCACAAAUAUUCAAGUUGAUGAAACAAAUAUUCUCAACUGGCAAGGACUGAUAUUACCGGACAAUCCACCAUACAACAAAGGUGCAUUCCGUAUUGAAAUUAAUUUUCCAGCUGAAUAUCCAUUCAAGCCACCAAGGAUUACUUUUAAAACAAAAAUUUAUCAUCCAAAUAUUGAUGAAAAAGGACAAGUAUGUCUUCCAAUUAUAACAGCUGAAAAUUGGAAACCAGCAACAAAAACAGAUCAAGUCAUUGAAGCAUUGAUUGCAUUGGUAAAUGAUCCAGAACCAGAUCAUCCACUUCGAGCAGAUCUAGCUGAAGAAUUUUUGAAAGAUAAAAAAAAAUAUAUGAAAAAUGCCGAAGAAUUUACAAAAAAACAUGCUGAAAAAAGACGAGAAUUAUCUGAAUAAUCAAAUGAUUAGCCAUUCUCACCAUGAUGCCUACCGUCAAAAAUAUGAUUUGUUUAUUGGUAACUAAAAUUCAAUAAAAAAAAAAACAUGUAUAAAUUUAAAACAAAAAAAAAAGUAAACAGAAGUUUAAAUAAUUUGUCAUACUGUUUACCGAUAAACACUUUUUUAAAUACAAAAAAUAAUAAAAGAUAAAUCAAUGAAAAACAAAUGAAAUAUCAAAAAAUCAAUAAAAACAAUUAAAUCCGGCAGAUAUCUAGUGUACAGUAUUGGUUGAUCAACUAAAAAAAAAAUCCCUUGAAUAGAAAUAUUUAUAUGUGAGAUAAAAUGUUUGAAAAAACAAAAAAAAAAAAUGAAUAAAAUAACAAAGAAAUGAAAAAAAAAAAAAAUAUAACAUUAAUUAAACUUUUAAGAUUAAAAUAAACUGUAUAAAUACAAUUUACUAUUGUUUAAUUUUAAUCAAAAUUUUCAGUAUUUUUAUCAUUCACUUAUUUUCACAAUUAAAAUGCUGGCUGUUGUGUGAAUGAUUAAAAAAAUAAUUUGUUUAUGUGACAGUGCCAAAACAAAAUAUUUAAUUUGUUCAUUUUAAUUUUUUUGCAAACCAAAGAC